AACGACUUCUGCCUCAAGACGUGUGUAAAGAGGUGUCGAUAUAGAUGCUCCCGGUGUCUAGAUGGAGCCCUCAGGCAUCCCAGAGUCCACCACUCUUGGGGAUUAUGAACUUGACGGCCUCAUGUGCGAGCUGCAGACCUCCACCUUCGCGGCCUUUAACACCACCAUCCUGUACUCGCUGGUGUUCCUCCUCAGCCUGGUGGGCAACAGCCUGGUGCUGUGGGUCCUGGUGAAGUACGAGAGCCUGGAGUCCCUCACCAACGUUUUCAUCCUCAACCUGUGCCUCUCAGACCUGGUGUUCGCCUGCUUGCUGCCUCUGUGGACCUUGGGGUACCACUUGGGCUGGGUGCUGGGAGACUUCUUCUGCAAGCUCUCCAACUUGAUGUUCUCCACCAGCCUCUUCAGCAGCAUCUUCUUCCUGACGAUCAUGACCAUGCUGCGCUACCAGUCCGUGGUGAGCCCCCUCUCGUCCCUGCGGGUCCACACCCUCUGGUGCCGUGUGUCAGUGACCACAGCUGUGUGGGCAGCCAGCAUCCUGUCCUCCAUCCCCGACACCAUGUUCCACAAGGUGUUUGAUGAUCUAGAAACGUCAUCAAUAUGUGAUUAUUCUGAAACCAAGUGGUUCCUCGCCUCGGCCUACCAGCACAUCGUCUUCUUCCUGUUCUCCAUGGGGGUCAUCCUGUUCUGCUACGUGGAGAUUCUCAGGACCUUGUGCCGCUCCCGGUCCAAACGGCACCACCGGACCGUCAGGCUCAUCCUCACCAUCGUGCUGGCACACUUCGUCAGCUGGGCUCCCUACAACCUGGUCCUGUUCCUGCAGACGCUGCAGAAACUGGAGAUCAUUCAGAGCUGCAGGGCCAUCGAGCAGCUGCAUUACGCCUUGCUCAUCUGCCGCAACUUGGCCUUCUCCCAUUGCUGCUUCAACCCAGUGCUCUACGUCUUCGUGGGCGUCAAGUUCCGCAGACACCUCAAAAGUCUGCUCCAGACCUUCUGGCUCUGCCGGUCACAGGCGCCCAGCUCUUCCUCGCCACCUCACUCCCCACGUGCCUUCCACUCGGAGGGUGCCUCCUUCUAUUAGAAGAGGGCGGUGCUGCAGGUUGAGGUGCACGGAGGAGCUGGGGUGGGAGCAAAGAGGAGUGGUGCAUCGCAGAAGGCGCAACAUUGGCGGUGCUGCCGGCUGCAGGGGUGGGGGCGACAUACCUCACGCUGGGCCAGUCCUCUAUGCCCCCUCUUCUGCAGAAAGGUGGCUCACUGCCCAGAAAUUGUAUAUUGCCCUCGAGAAAAACAUUUCUUAGAUUCCGAGUUUAUUACUCAUUCUUUCAUUAACGCAUUCAUGGAGGCCUGUAUUUCUUAUCAUUGCUGAGUUCAGAAGGUUCUGAAUGAAUGGAAACCAUGAAAGGCUUCCCUGAAAGGAGCAUUCUUCAAGACUGGAUGAGGGGCCGAAACUCACUAGGAGCGAUAAUUGCACAAGAGAAGGCUGCCGGCGAGACGGUCUCUGCCAUUCCUGACUGUCGGGUUGUCCCAGCUGGUUUUGGGGAGCAUGGGUUCUGUCUUCCUCAGUGGCGACUGGAUGAGACUGUCCGCAGGACAAAAAGUAACCCUAGUCUCAUGUAAGCAUAGUCGGAAGGAAGUCUGGAGUCUAGAAGCUCGCGGCUGGACUGGAGACGUGUUCUGUGUCGUGACUCCAGUUUCCAGCACAUGAACUGGCUUUGCCCAUUUAGUCCAUCGGUCUCUUAUGGAAACAAAUGGAUGCAACAAAGGCUGUCUUCUGCAUGGAGUGUGCAUUGGGAGGAGAUAAAGAUAGACAAGGUAGAGCUGCUCCCCACCAGGUGCCAACAGUCCAGCUCCGAAGGCGCAGAUAAGUAAGCACCCACCUCGGUGAAGGCGCCUAAGGUGCAGGUGCCUCUGGCAUCUCAUUCUCUCCAGCUGGAUGUUGAACAGACGCUUCAGAUUCGUCACUUCCCACCUGCAAUGUUCUCCUCCCACUUGAUGGCACCAGCCUCCCCUCCGGUCGCUCGGCCUCCAAACCUGAGUCAUCUUUGAGCCCUGCUGUCCUUUCCCAUCACUCCCAUGGCCAGGUUCCAUUGACUCCACCUUCCCAAGGUCUCUCAGAGUUGUUCUCGCCAUUGCACGCCCACGGAUCCAUCCCCAAAUGGCCUCACUUCCUCGGUGCCCUCCUGCAGCUCACCUCUUUCCCCACCAGUGUCCUCUGCGUUGAAAUCAGGGUGCUCAAAACCCCCAGUGGCUCCUUAUCACACAGGAAGAAAGACCAAACACCUCAGCAAGUGCUCCAAGGCCCCUGCAAUCCAGUGCCAGCUGACUUUUCCAUUCUCACUCCACCCUAAAGCCCCACCCCCACUAGCUUGGGAUCCAACCACAAAAGACCAUGGGGCCUCUUCCAGACAUCCUUCUCCCAGUUUCCUCUGGGCCUCUGGCAUGCUGCCACCUGGGUCUGGACACUUGUGCUUCUGCUCCCUAAUGUACAAGCCCCAGCUGAAAGGCCAGCUCCUUCAGAAGGCCCUCCCCAAUCUUCAGAUCAGGAGAGCACUCUCUGGGCUGUCGUGGCACUCUGCUGGUCCCCUCAAAAAUAUCAUUUGUCCUUUCUACCACAUGUCAUAGUUACACACGCGCAUGGCUUAUCUCCCUGCCCCAGGAGACCGCAAAUCGCCUGAGGGCAGGAACUUGGUCCUACGCCCUGCCAAGCAGGGACCCUGGUGCUCUGUCGCAGUGUACUAAGUGGGAGCAAAGAAUGACAGCUGUCACUCUUCUUCUAAUUUGUGCUUUUUUGAGGAGCUGUGCCCAGGGGCACUUUCUACCUUCCUUGCCCCAGGCCUCUUCUUUAUAGAUAUUAACCUUCCUUUCCUGGUCUAUGCGCAGAGUACAUUGCUUAAUCUUUUCCAAGGUCAAGGGGCAAUGACUACACUUGAUCUUGCUUUUUAGUUCAUGGUACACAUGCCUGUCUCUUACACGGUUCCACCGCUUCACAUCCAAGGACAGAGGGGAAAGCCACCCUCUAAACUUUCCCAUACACACAGACCUGGUCCCAAUCUGUCGACCUGAUUCAGCUCCGCAGCGAAGCCUUUGGCAAAGCUCCCCGGGUGAUCCAGACAUGCACCCUAGUCGGAAACAUUUGGCUGCAACUCCUUGAAAAUGGGACUUCCAGGAUCUGCCACAGAUCCUUGGGCAGGACCUUGCACAGAGUCACUGCGGCACUCAAUAUAUGCCUGUUGAAUAAGGUAGCAGCGAAGACCGCCCUGGGCUGGAGCCUAGAGAGCUUACAUGGCAUUUUCCCCUCCAUUUCCAGCUAUGAUGUCGAUGAUCCAGUUGCCCCGUGGGUGGCCAGCCGUGGAGGAGUUUGACCUUGCCGGGGAAGAGUGAGGCUCUAAUUUUAAGAAUUAGGUCAGUAACACCUGCUGGAGAGGGCUGGGCAGUGAACCAGAGAAGGGACUGGCUAACCAGCAGGCGGGGCCGUCACUCGCCGUGGAUGGAAGAAACAGCAAGAGGAAGGAGACGGUGAGAUGGUUUCAGGGUCAGAGCUAAGCCUGUGGGCCUCUGUCGGGCGCAUCACCCGGCACCCCUACCUCUCAAACGGAUAGUAUUAAACUUUUGUUCAGUUUUUAUGUGCACGGCAGGCUGAGCUGAAGGAGCAGAAGGACAGAGGUUUCCUGCUCCUGUAUCCACUUGGCCAAACCAAAGUGGGUUUUGAGCCUGCUCCUCUUAGAAGGCAGGUUUGGGAGGUCUUGUAUCACCACGGGGCAUCCCCUUGGAGAGGCUUGAUCCACCGUCUCCUUGCCCCACCCCAUUCCUUCAGUCCCCAGAUGCGUAUCCAAGUAUUUCCUUCAACACAUACAGCCACCUCCCUAGGAGCACUUCGUGAAAUACGAUCAUGUUCAUCUCUUUACGUUUCUAGUGCUGUUUUGGCACUCCUGAUAGACCAGCUCUCAGAGGGAUCUUUAACCAAGAGUCCUCUCCUAAUCCAGCUCCUUGAGAAUCCAAGGGGAGAGGCCAGGAGACAGAGAGGUAUAAAUGGGAAGGUGGAGGGACAUCCUAUCAGAAAAGGAGCAUGGAUGAGGCCAGGGAUCACACUCUCUGUUCUCUGACCACCCCCUCCACUCACCACAACCUCCUGCUUCCCCCUCCCGCCACCCACUGAAACCACUGUGCGACCUCAGCUAGACUCUUACGGGACUGUCGCUCUCCCAACAGUUAAAAAAAGGAUGCCCCGGACGCUGGGCUGCAGACCUACCCUCCCGGAGCCUAAAAAAUCCCCAGUGGUACCCAAGGAAGACCCUCCCCACAGCAUUUCCAUCGCCACGUUCUCUCAGACAGAAGCAAGAGGAGAGGAACCCUGCCGAUUGUCAAACAGGGACAACCUCCAAGCCCAGGGCAGCCCCCAACCUCCAAUGACCCCAGCCAGCGUGGAACUCCCUCGAGAGCACAAUCUGUGUUGCAUGUCUAGAACCUUCCUUGGUGCCCUGGACUAUUUGUGGCUGGGGGAGUAAGUGAAUAGGAGACCAUCUUUUUGGUUUGCUUUGUUUUCUAUUUCCAUUUCCUCUUCUGAUCAUUUGCCUAUAGUAUGUCUGCCAGUCAACUCCUGGCCCCACCCAUGGGCUUCCCAUAAUCCUCCUCUUGAGCCCGCCAGCCCAGACAUCGGCCGGUGCAUUGAAGUCUUGAAGGCUUCCAUUUGGGAAAGCUGGCAGAGGGGCCCCCAUGGAUGGGAAGCCCAGCAGACAGAUUCCCAAAGUAAACGGGCUGAGCAGGCCCUUGGAAUGGGAGGCCUGGACCCAGACGCCAAAUCCAAGCUCUUUCACUCCCUCACUGUGACCUUGGGUCUCUCAGAGCCUCAGUAAACGGUUAUCUCUUAAACUGUAUAAAUGUCAGCAACACAAAGACAGACCGUAACCACACAAGAAAGGUGUGCUGGAGGUCAUGUGUGUAAAAAUACUUGCUUUGUAAAGCAUUUGGCCGCAGACUAACAUGCAUUCCUCUUGUGAUCAUCUUAUGAAAACAGAAAGCUUCCUUGUAUCAUAUACACAAAUAAACUGCUA